GAGUGCGCGCGCCGCGGGGGCGCGGGUGGCGUGUGUGCGGGGGCAGGGGGAGGCCAAGGCGGGCGGGCGCGCGCACGAGGUUUAACCUCGCUUGGUGGCGGCGGCGGCUUCUUUGUUUCUUGAGGAGAGGCGAGACGCCCACUCAGUCCCCGGCAAAGCGCAGAGGGGCGGGGGCGACGCCGAGAAGGCGACGGUGCAGGCGGCUCCCGCAGGAGACCACUGUCCGGAGCUCCUGUGAAGAUGUCCACUCCAGAUCCACCCCUGGGCGGAACUCCUCGGCCAGGCCCUUCCCCAGGCCCUGGCCCCUCCCCUGGAGCCAUGUUGGGCCCUAGCCCAGGUCCCUCCCCUGGCUCUGCCCACAGCAUGAUGGGGCCCAGUCCGGGGCCUCCCUCAGCAGGACACCCCAUCCCAAGCCAGGGGCCUGGAGGGUACCCUCAAGACAACAUGCACCAGAUGCACAAGCCAAUGGAAUCUAUGCAUGAGAAGGGCAUGUCGGAUGACCCCCGCUACAACCAGAUGAAGGGGAUGGGGAUGCGGACAGGGGGCCAUGCAGGAAUGGGGCCUCCACCGAGCCCCAUGGACCAGCACUCCCAAGGUUACCCCUCACCACUGGGUGGCUCCGAGCACGCCUCUAGUCCGGUUCCAGCUAGUGGCCCAUCCUCAGGUCCGCAGAUGUCGUCCGGACCAGGAGGAGCCCCGCUGGAUGGCACUGACCCUCAGUCUUUGGGGCAGCAGAACCGGGGUCCAACACCAUUUAAUCAGAACCAAUUGCAUCAGCUCAGAGCUCAAAUCAUGGCCUACAAGAUGCUGGCCAGGGGGCAACCCCUGCCUGACCACCUGCAGAUGGCAGUGCAGGGCAAGCGACCGAUGCCUGGGAUGCAGCAGCAGGUGCCAACACUACCUCCACCCUCUGUGUCUGCAGCAGGACCUGGCCCUGGCCCUGGACCAGGCCCUGGACCAGGCCCAGGACCAGCACCUCCAAAUUACAGCAGGCCCCAUGGUAUGGGAGGGCCUAAUAUGCCACCCCCAGGACCUUCAGGUGUGCCCCCCGGUAUGCCGGGCCAACCCCCUGGAGGACCUCCCAAGCCAUGGCCUGAAGGUCCUAUGGCGAAUGCUGCUGCCCCCACAAGCACACCUCAGAAGCUGAUACCCCCUCAGCCUACAGGCCGUCCCUCACCGGCACCCCCUGCCGUCCCGCCCGCUGCCUCUCCUGUGAUGCCGCCCCAGACGCAGUCGCCAGGGCAGCCAGCCCAGCCUGCCCCCAUGGUACCGCUACAUCAGAAGCAGAGCCGUAUCACCCCCAUCCAGAAACCCCGGGGCCUGGACCCUGUGGAGAUUCUGCAGGAGCGGGAGUACAGGCUUCAGGCUCGCAUCGCUCACCGAAUUCAGGAACUUGAAAACCUACCCGGGUCACUGGCCGGGGAUUUGCGAACCAAAGCAACUAUCGAGCUCAAGGCCCUCAGGCUGCUGAACUUCCAGAGGCAGCUGCGGCAGGAAGUGGUGGUGUGCAUGAGGAGGGACACGGCCCUUGAGACAGCCCUCAAUGCCAAGGCCUACAAGCGAAGCAAGCGGCAGUCCCUGCGUGAGGCCCGCAUCACGGAGAAGCUGGAGAAGCAGCAGAAGAUUGAGCAGGAGCGCAAGCGCCGGCAGAAGCACCAGGAAUACCUCAACAGCAUUCUUCAGCAUGCCAAGGAUUUCAAAGAAUAUCACCGAUCUGUCACAGGCAAAAUUCAAAAACUUACAAAGGCAGUGGCCACGUACCAUGCCAACACAGAGCGGGAACAGAAGAAGGAAAAUGAAAGAAUCGAGAAGGAGAGAAUGCGGAGGCUCAUGGCAGAAGAUGAGGAAGGGUACCGGAAACUCAUUGACCAGAAGAAGGACAAGCGCUUGGCCUACCUCUUGCAACAGACAGACGAGUACGUGGCUAACCUCACGGAGCUGGUGCGGCAGCACAAGGCAGCCCAGGUGGCCAAGGAGAAAAAGAAGAAGAAGAAAAAGAAGAAGGCAGAAAAUGCAGAAGGACAGACACCUGCAAUAGGACCUGAUGGCGAGCCUCUGGACGAGACCAGCCAAAUGAGUGACCUUCCUGUGAAAGUGAUCCAUGUGGAGAGUGGGAAGAUCCUCACAGGCACGGAUGCCCCCAAAGCAGGGCAGCUGGAGGCCUGGCUUGAGAUGAACCCAGGGUAUGAAGUAGCUCCAAGAUCUGAUAGUGAAGAAAGUGGCUCAGAAGAAGAGGAAGAGGAGGAAGAGGAGGAGCAGCCGCAGCCAGCACAGCCUCCCACCCUGCCUGUGGAGGAGAAGAAGAAGAUUCCAGAUCCAGAUAGUGAUGAUGUCUCUGAGGUGGAUGCUCGACACAUCAUUGAGAAUGCCAAGCAAGAUGUUGAUGAUGAGUACGGUGUGUCGCAGGCCCUUGCUCGUGGCCUGCAGUCCUAUUAUGCCGUGGCUCAUGCUGUCACCGAGAGAGUGGAUAAGCAGUCAGCGCUUAUGGUCAACGGCGUCCUCAAACAGUACCAGAUCAAGGGUUUGGAGUGGCUGGUGUCCCUAUACAACAACAACCUGAAUGGCAUCCUGGCCGAUGAGAUGGGCCUGGGAAAGACCAUCCAGACUAUUGCACUCAUCACGUACCUCAUGGAGCACAAGCGCAUCAAUGGGCCCUUUCUCAUCAUUGUACCUCUCUCAACGCUGUCGAACUGGGCUUACGAAUUUGACAAGUGGGCUCCCUCCGUGGUGAAGGUGUCCUACAAGGGCUCUCCAGCAGCCAGACGGGCUUUCGUCCCCCAGCUCCGGAGUGGCAAGUUCAAUGUCUUGCUAACAACGUACGAGUACAUCAUUAAAGACAAGCACAUCCUUGCGAAGAUCCGCUGGAAGUACAUGAUCGUGGAUGAAGGCCACCGCAUGAAGAACCAUCACUGCAAGCUGACACAGGUCCUCAACACGCACUAUGUGGCUCCCCGCCGCCUUCUGCUGACAGGCACGCCGCUGCAGAACAAGCUCCCUGAGCUCUGGGCACUCCUCAAUUUCCUGCUGCCCACCAUCUUCAAGAGCUGCAGCACCUUUGAGCAGUGGUUCAAUGCGCCGUUUGCCAUGACUGGAGAAAAGGUGGACUUAAACGAGGAGGAGACCAUCCUCAUCAUUCGUCGCCUCCACAAAGUGCUACGGCCCUUCCUGCUCCGGCGGCUCAAGAAGGAGGUUGAAGCUCAGUUGCCUGAAAAGGUGGAAUACGUCAUCAAGUGUGACAUGUCUGCUCUGCAACGUGUGUUGUACCGGCACAUGCAAGCCAAAGGGGUGUUGCUGACCGAUGGCUCUGAGAAGGACAAGAAGGGCAAAGGUGGCACCAAGACCCUGAUGAACACCAUCAUGCAGCUGAGGAAGAUCUGCAACCACCCGUACAUGUUCCAGCACAUCGAGGAGUCCUUUUCAGAGCACCUGGGAUUUACCGGUGGCAUCGUCCAAGGGCUGGACCUGUACCGAGCCUCAGGGAAAUUUGAGCUCCUCGAUAGAAUUUUGCCCAAACUUCGUGCCACCAACCAUAAAGUGCUACUCUUCUGUCAGAUGACCUCCCUCAUGACGAUUAUGGAAGAUUAUUUUGCGUAUCGCGGCUUUAAAUACCUCAGGCUCGAUGGAACCACAAAAGCGGAGGAUCGGGGCAUGCUGCUGAAAACCUUCAACGAGCCCGGCUCCGAGUAUUUCAUCUUCCUGCUCAGCACCCGGGCCGGGGGGCUCGGCCUGAACCUCCAGUCGGCUGACACUGUGAUCAUUUUUGACAGUGACUGGAACCCCCACCAGGACCUGCAAGCGCAGGACCGAGCCCACCGCAUUGGGCAGCAAAACGAGGUGCGCGUGCUCCGCCUCUGCACAGUCAAUAGUGUGGAGGAGAAGAUUCUGGCUGCGGCCAAGUAUAAGCUCAAUGUCGAUCAGAAGGUGAUCCAGGCUGGCAUGUUUGACCAGAAGUCCUCCAGCCAUGAGAGGCGUGCCUUCCUGCAGGCCAUCCUGGAGCACGAGGAGCAGGACGAGAGCAGACACUGCAGCACGGGCAGCGGCAGUGCCAGCUUCGCCCACACUGCCCCUCCGCCAGCGGGCGUCAACCCCGACUUGGAGGAGCCACCUCUAAAGGAAGAAGAUGAAGUGCCCGACGACGAAACUGUGAAUCAGAUGAUUGCCCGGCACGAAGAGGAGUUCGACCUGUUCAUGCGCAUGGAUCUGGACCGCAGGCGUGAGGAAGCCCGCAACCCCAAGCGGAAGCCACGUCUGAUGGAGGAGGAUGAGCUCCCCUCAUGGAUCAUCAAGGAUGAUGCGGAGGUGGAGCGGCUGACCUGCGAGGAAGAAGAAGAGAAGAUGUUUGGCCGUGGUUCCCGCCACCGCAAGGAGGUGGACUACAGUGACUCACUGACGGAGAAGCAGUGGCUCAAGACCCUGAAGGCCAUCGAGGAGGGCACGCUGGAGGAGAUCGAAGAGGAGGUUCGGCAGAAGAAAUCAUCGCGAAAACGCAAGCGGGACAGCGACGCCGGCUCCUCCACCCCAACCACCAGCACCCGCAGUCGAGACAAGGACGAGGAGAGCAAGAAGCAAAAAAAGCGCGGGCGGCCACCUGCUGAGAAGCUCUCCCCCAACCCUCCAAACCUCACCAAAAAAAUGAAAAAGAUUGUGGACGCUGUCAUCAAGUAUAAGGACAGAAUGCUGAGAUCCUGGUAAGGAUUCUGAGUUCCAGUUUGAUGUUCCCAGCUGAUGUCAGACCCACGUGGCAGGACACCUUAUCAGAGGGUAUGAUGGUUUAUCUUUAAUCUCACAUCCCCCUCGUAUGGAUAGUGUCACAGAACUUGGAGUUCUCCACUAGAGAAGGAAGAACUAUAAAGGAGUUACAAGGGGGAUUGCAAAUGUGACCAUUCAAGGAAGCUACCAUGCCCUGCCUGGACUUGAGAAGCAUUUGGUUCGAAUUUGGAGACGGCUGUCCACUUGCUAUUUUGCUGCUGGUCAUACAGGAAGAGAUCGAGUUGCACAUAAACUCAGGGAAACAGACAGUUUUCCUGGUUGAAAAGUUGCCUCAUUUGGCAGAUACUUUCAAAGACGUUUGGAAACAAAGUUUACCUACUGAAUGGAUAAUAUUUCUGAUGUUCUUAACAAACUGAAUUUGAAGCCACGGGGAAAACAACCCCUGUUGAGGGGUUAAGCGACAGUCCAUAGACCACCCUCACUUCUGACACCUCUGCAGAGGUCAGGGGUCCCCAAGACCACCCUCAGGCUUUAGGAUUCUCUAGAAAAAUCUCAGAACUCUGAAAGGUGUUAUAUUCAUGAUUAUAGUCUAUUAAUUACAGCAAAAGCAUACAGAUUAAAACCAGCUAAAGGAAGAGGUAUAUGGAGCAGCAUCCAGGAGAGCUCCACGCUUUGAGCUUCCUCGCCCCACGGAGUCCCAGAGAGCACUGGCAACAUCAUGAGACAACGGGCACAGAGCAUUGCCAGCUGGGGAAUCCUCAGUGUCUAGGGUUUUUAUUGGAAUUUAGUCCCAUAGACACGACUGACUGCCCAGGUGUAGUUGAGCUGAUACCAUAUGACCCAGUGCCCCUGCCCUAAAUCACAUUCUCAGACUAUCUGGGCCCGGAUAAAUUUUUUUGCAACUAUAUGUCACACACCGGGAAGAUUCCAAAGACUGGUCACUGUGCCACACCAAGGAACUAGGGUGCGAUAAAAUUGGAGAUUGCCUAACUUGCACUUUCUUGUCUCAAACUUCCAAUUGCUCCAUUUCAAAAGAGAAAAUGAAACAUUUGGAUUUUUUUUUUUAUUGCUUUACACAACCCUAUAAUUAGCCAACUUCUAUACUUGAGUUCAGUCUAGAGCUUGAGAGAGAAUGAAUUGUUACAACUUGGUUUUUCCUAGACCCCAAAGAAUGUUAUCAGUACACUGUCAGCUUUUGAAAUCAGUUAGGAACCUGCCUUGUGGAGCAGGAGCAUGUGGUGGAGGAACCACGGGGGGCAGCCAGGGUUGCACCUUGAUGCAGUGACUCCCCUGAAGUGGUUCAGCCAUGCCUCUGCUGCAUGUCUGAACAGGGAAGCCCUUCCGCCAGCUGGCAUCACUUCAAAUGUUGCUUUUCACUGUUGGUUUCCUGAUGCCCCAGUUAUAUUUAAAUACCAGUGCAAUCUUGUAUAAUACUCCCUUCAUAUGUACAUCCUUGUCCAUAUGAAGGUAAUGUCCUAUAUUGUAAGCUUAGCUUCCUUCACAUGUGUCAGAUUCAGGACUGCCUUGCUCCUGCCUCCAAAGGCCCCCUGCUCCCUGUGAGUGGCACUUCCGGGAGUUGUGUGGGCGUCUGGCCUCAUAUUGGUUGUAGUGAAAUGCACUUUGCGCUGUAGGGCCCCUGGAGAAUCUAUAGUACUGUGCCUUUGACCUGUGAUGGCACAGACGACCCCAGGGCCCAGGGUGGCCUCAGGUAGAAGUGCUUCAUAAGCAGAGCCUGAAGACUUAGCAGGAGCCCGCCAGGGGAGGAGGAGGUAGAGGAGACAGCGUGUGCAGAAGCCUGGAGGCUGAGGGCACAGGUGCCUCUUGAUGAUUAGAAAUCUCAAAUGGCAUCAAAGACUCCACUGGUCAACAGCCAAAAUCAAAAUCUGAAUUAGGAAUUAAGAGUUUGCACUUCGAACGUAAACAUACAAGUAAGUUAGUCACAGGCUCCUGAGUCAGAUUGGUCCCUAGUUGUGGGGCUGUGAGUGCUGCCAGUUGGUUUCAGAAGCUCUGUCUGCAGAAGCCAGUUAGCAGGUGUGCAGAUACCCUUGGGGUCUUUGGAAAGGUUUUGGAGAAGUGCAUUUGCUGAGGCACGGCCUCAGCAGGCAGGCCCUAGAGGGCCCCAUACAACCUGUUGCGUACCCUAGGCCGCAGUCGCUGUAGGGGCUGUGGGGCGAGUGUCACAGAGAUCUGGUUUUGAUGUGUGUCUCUCUGCUUGUUUCCAAGUCUGUGGCACAAAAAUUGAAGCCCCUGUGUGGGGUUAUAGAGACCCUCAAGGAGAGAACAUGGGCCAGGCAUGCAACUCAGAGACUGCUGUGGGUGAAGAAGGGCCCCAGCCAGAUCCACAGUGGGUGGUGGCACCGUCAGCCGAGGCCUGGAUCUAAUGGGAACUGCCCAGGCCUGCAGGCACUUUCCCUUUGCCCUUGCACCUCCAUUGUUAGAAUAAAAAAGAAGGUGACUCUUCAGAGUUGAAAGCUUAUACCUUGAUUUACAAGAAAAAUUGGGACAACUUAACAAGCACAGUGCAGGUUGUCAGGUUGAAGCGUUCUUAGGAGAGGUCACUGAAGGUGGCUCUAAGAUCCGCAGGAUGGGCCCCGGGAGGGGAGAGGGCAGAGGGUGAGAGCUGUACCCUGAGGGGGCAGGGAGGUCUCAGGGUUCCCUCGCUUCAGCCUUCAAAAGGCCAGAUGGCCCUUCAUCUGGAGCCAGAGCCCAGAAUGGGUGUCUCCAGAGGAGGAGGCGGCUCUGCCUGCGGGACCAGGUCUGGGGUCAGCACUAUCUGCUGGGCACCUAGCCCGGAGUCUCACCUGAGAGGCACUGAAAUGCGAUGUCUUAGAAAAGUGCUGAUCCCAUCAUCAAGCCCCGGGCCAGCCUGAGAGUGGGUGCAGGCCGGGCUAAGGGCCCAGUGGGGCUCCGAGCCACCGGAGGAUUAGCCAGGUGCUCAUGGAGCAGUGCUGGGGUUAUGAGCCUGCCAUAGAAUUUGCUGGAAUAAGCUCACCUGUCUUGUUUACCAGUCUGUUUAUCAUGCAAAACAAAACAGAUUUGGAAGGGUCUUAAAACUAGAAUUACAUAAAGCUUCAAACAGGACAGGGACAGAUACGUGGACUCUGGAAAUAAGUAGAUUUGGGUGAACAGGUUGAACCUUGACCCCCUCGUUUCUGCCUCCCGUGGAGUCCUGUCCAGGUAAGAACCUUCUAAAGUGUGCAGUGCAUUUUUAUCAAGCUUGCACUACUACUGUAUGCAAGGAAAACAGAAAAGGGGUGUUCAUGACAAUAGGAGAUACUAAUCGGGUAACACAGGAGGUGUGAAAUGAAUGGGGGAGGAAGGAAGAGGAAAAGGAUGAUGGCAAAGGUCCAAAGAUGAGGUUUCGUAAGUGAGAAGUCACAAAAGAGGGUAAAAUUUUAAGCCAAGAGACAGUUGGAUAAAAGAAUAAAAAGAUGAAUUGAGAAAUGUUGAAUUCCGAGGUGAAACUAGUUAAAAAUAUGUUAAGUAUGGUUAAAGAUUAGCUGGAGGGAAGGAAGAAGGAGUGGAUAUGAGGUCUCUAGGCAGGUGUGGACGUGGCCCAUCAGCCCUGUACUGCAGCAGCAGUUCCCCAGGCUGCUGGCCCCGAACAGCCCCCUCAUCCUCUGCACAGACCAGAGGACCACGCUGCCCUUGGUUCCCAAUGUGGGGAUUUGCAGUCCUUGGCACUUCAGAAGGAGCUUGGGACCCCCUCUAACUGCUCAGCACUCGGAGAUACUGACAUUGAUAAUUCAGAAAAUCAAGCACAAUUCUUGAGGCCCUGGUCCCCUAGCUCUGCAGAAUGUGGUCUUGGGCCUCCCUGCACUCACAGGACCACCUCCACGGGUCUCUUAGAAAUGCUCUCUGCAUUGUCAUAAACCUGUCACGGGUACUCUGUUCUUUGUCCUGCUCACCCACAGCUAAUGCCUUCUGAGUGCCUGCCGCAGUACAACACAGCCUGCUUGAGAGAGCACAAAAGUACAUGCCACACCUAGGAGCUCGUCUGGAUUACGCUCCGGCUUCGGCUUCUGCUGCUUGCUCUGUGGCCUGGGACUUCUGUCUUUCACCCCCAAAGCUCAGAUCUUGCCUCCAAAAUUCAGGUUCAAACUAAGUAGUUUCCCGGUUUGAGUUACUUGGAGGGGGGAGUCAAGAUUUUUAUAAAAUGAGAUUUGGAAUUUAUAUUUUAACUAGAUUGAGACAUGCAACCCCAGAUGUGUUUUUGGCUCAUUUGAAACUAUUACCUCAUUAGACAAUCACCAUCGGAACCUACAGCCAGUGUAGCACUUGGCAUUUGGACCCUGCAGCAAAGCUCUCCCCCUCCUCUCUCUGCACUGGAAGAGUGUGUGGAGUGCAGGGCAGCCCACAAACCAUUCUCACUGGUGAAUAUAAUUUCCCUCUCACUCAUGCUUAGUCAGAAUUUUUUCUGUACUGCAAAGCUGUAAAUUCAACACAAAUAGAUAUUUUAAGUAUGGAUGGGUGCUCAACUGGUGGAGGCUCUUAGUAAUAUUGUAAGUAAGUGCAUUUAUCCAGACUUCUUACUUUUCUAAUCUUUGAGAUAUCCUUGACUUGGUAAUGUGUCCAAAAAUUAAGACUAGGAAAUAAUUCUAUACUAAUACAAUUUCCUUUUAAUGUGUUUCAUCAAUUCAUUUUCAAACGUUGUUUAUCGAGUACUUUCUGAGUCUGGUCCAUAUAAAUAUUUUGCUAAAUCAGGUUUGAAAAUACUGAGUUGUUCAUGUCCAGGACCUUGGUUCGCCCAGUUCACUGGUUGAGAGUCAAAAGAGAAAAUGGUCCAGUUCUAAAAGCUGUCACUGAGAUAUGUCAGAGGGAAAUUGUCUGAAUGGGACUCUAGGAAGGAGGGCAGGGCUGAGGGAGUCCUUCCAUACAGAUUGGGACCACUUCUAUCUUGAGCACCAUCUUCAAUCAAUUGCUUGAGCCUGCCUGAGGCCAUGGGAGCUCAAGGGAUAGUGCUGUGAUCAUUUUUUUAUGUCUGCCCCAUCAGAAGAUGUGGAAGUAAGGACACCAUUUGCCCCGGCCAGUUUGACUCAGUGGUUCUAUUCCUGGUCAAGGGCACAUGCUUGAGCUGCAGGUUUCAAUCCCUGCCCCAUUUGGGUGCAUGCAGUAGUAAUCAACCCGUGUGUCCCUCUCACAUUGAUGUCCCCCUGCCCCUUUCUCUAAAAACCAAUGGGGAAAAAAAUAUGCUCGGAUAAAGGUUAAAACAAAAGUCUAGCCUACCACCUGUGUAUGGAUAGCCUGUGAAUUAAGAAUGGUGUUGUUUUUUAGAUGAUUUUGAGAAAAUUAAAAGACUACUAUGAUGUGAAAUGUGAAAUUCAGAUUUCAUUGUUUAUAAAUAAAGUUUUAUGUGGAAAACA